CAAACUUACAUAUGUACAUCAGUUCCACAUACACAGAAACUCUUACAUUUGGCUGUACGGGGUGUGUAUACAGGUAACUAUGGUCAACAGGAACUUUUAUAGGUAACAGAAGAUAGGAUGAAAAUAUGUACUUUUUUUCGAGGUUUGGGGGUUUCUUUUCCCUUUAAAAAAAAAAAUUUCAAGUUCUGUUCUGUUCUGUUGCAGAAGCAUAAAUAGAUUGCAGUGUGCAAGUGGAGUUCAUGAUGGUAAGUACACAGAGAAAGAAGACUACACAGACCCAUCGUCUCUGCUUAUGAUACCUGCCAGGACUCCAGCUGAGGGAGUCUUUGUUCUUGGCACUUGGUGUCAUUAAAAACUGUGAAAGCCAGACACUAAAUUGGUCAGAACAGACCUUUUACAUUCUGGCUGUUUUCCUCUCUUUAUGGUCUGACUAGUCUCUUCCUCUGACAUCAGUGGGUGUUGGAUCAAACCUUAACUUCUGUGGAAGACGUACAGACUGGAGAUAGAUCAUAGAAUCAUAGAAAGAAAAAAACAUCUGUACAUUUUUGUAGCAGGAGAAAUAGGACAAGCUGACAUGAGGGAAGGUAGUAAGCAAUAUACAGAAAACAGAGAUACCUCUAGAACUAAUAGCUCUAAUAGCAUCUAAUAGUUUUAGAUGAGAAAAAUAAUUCCUUUUAAAUGAAUGGUGUCAUAUUCUGGUUCAUCAACAAAAUGUGAAAGGUUUAGCUAUUACAGGUUCAGGUGGCUGACUGUUGCUUCUUUGAGGAACAGAAAAGCACAGCUUCAACUGUUGUUUCCUUUCUACUUUGCAGACCUUUGGAACCGAAAAAUGAUUAAUUAGUGUAAUUAAACAUAGUUUAAGCGAAGUCAAGAGUUUUCUAGGUAACUGUUGGAAAUGAGCUAAAACAGGAUGUGCUUGCUUGCAUCAGCAGUAGUGUUUUUGUCAAGGCUUUUGUAAGUGCACUUGUAUUUGUCUGGGCUUCAGCCCAGUUGUCUGUACACUGAGAGACAUGGCCUGCUGGUGGAAGUAGCAUGGGAGUGAAAGGCUGGCUCAGAUUGUUUUUUCUGUCAGGUUUUACUGGUAUAACUAGCACCAGUCUAGCUUGAACUGACUUGCUGGGGCUUCUAAAGGUAGUCAUGUUAGAAUGUCUUAUAGCAAAGAGGUGAAAAAUUACAUGAUCUAUUUAUUCUGCUGAAGGGUUAUGGGGAUAACAUCUUGCCAGAGGCAGGAUGAGGUCUAAAGCACCAACAGAUUUCAUUUGGGACUUGGGGAUUGCUAUUUGAAGGCGGAUUUAGUCAGAGGAACCUGAGGUCUCUGCAAAGUUGAAUACUUUGGUUUUCUUUACUUCUAAUUGUAUCACUAGAAUACUUAAAGUGGUUUUCUGUAUCAAGCAUGAAACAAGGAAACAGUUGCUAAGAAGGAUUUCUGAAGUGCUUUACAUUUUAGAGUAGAUGUUUUGCUGUCACUUUUGCUUAUACCUAUCCAAAACUCCCAGAAAUGUGGAUCACAGAUGUUUUAGGUUUUGCUGAUCUCUCCUUUGGAUGUGCUUACGUCCCCAGUCAAAUUCCCUGAGUUUUUUAAAUUCACUUCCAGAUGGAUUACUUCAGCUUUACACAAAGUGAAGCAAUUCAGAGUUACCUGUAAUUAUUGAUCAGUGCAUUUUAGCAGUUUUAGUUCUAAAGGGGACAGGUUUGCACAAGACACCUGAGACACUCAUGACUGAUAAUGUGUGUUGGCUUUCUGCUCUUCCUGUUCUCAGAGGCACAAAACUCACGCCUUGGGAAACUGACUUCUUCCUGUUUGUCACCCAUCCUACAUAUUGAGAACAACUUGAAGCUGAGCCUUGGUGUCUUUCUUGUGCUGCACUUCAUUAGAAAAAGAACUGGAUACACAUGCUGAAUUUCAUUUGUGAAAGCUGGAGUAAGAGCCUGGGCACCUGACUCUGGCAUCAGUGCUGAAUGCCUGAAACUGGAUGGUGCUACAGCCUCAGCUUAGGAGGUAAUGCAACAACUUUUCCUAUGAAGAGGGAGUUCAGCAAUGGAAGAUUUUGAAGGAGAAAGGCCUAUAUGAGGAUGUGGGUUUAACUGAUAUUAUGAUGUACAAAAUCCCUCCCCACAUGAGGAAAAGAGCCUUCUCACAGCAAUGUUAGAGGAGUAGCAGUUGGAGAUAACGUGCUGCACUCUGCUACUCUGGGAGACAAACAUCGGUGAAGCCAAGCAGCAAGAAAAGAAGGGCUCUUCAUGAGAAAAUGACAGCAAGAGAACACAGCCCCCGCCAUGGUGCCAAAUCGCGCACUGUGCAGAGGGCCUCCACCAUUGAUGUCACCUCUGACAUGGUUGGCCUUUCUCUAACAGGAAACAUUCAGGAUCCAGAUGAGCCGAUUUUAGAGUUCAGUUUAGCUUGCAGUGAGCUGCUAACUCCAUCGCUAGAUCGAAAACCAAAUAGUUUUGUAGCAGUGAGUGUAACUACUCCUCCCCAGGCAUUCUGGACAAAGCAUGCACAGACAGAAAUUAUUGAGGGAACAAGUAAUCCUAUCUUUCUAAGCAGCAUUGCCUUUUUCCAAGACUCUCUUAUCAAUCAAAUGACACAAAUCAAACUCUCGGUGUAUGACGUCAAAGAUAGAUCUCAGGGAACAAUGUAUUUGUUGGGUUCUGGGACGUUCACUGUAAAGGAUCUUCUUCAGGAGAAGUACCACAGGUUGCACAUAACACUAAGGUCGGCUGAAAGUGACCGUGUUGGUAACAUCACAGUUAUUGGAUGGCAGAUGGAGGAAAAAUCAGACCAAAGGCCUCCAGUGACAAGGUCACCUGAUACAAUUAAUGGAAGGACUGUGUUGCCAGUUGAUGAAAGUUUAACAGAAUCCUUAGGAAUCAGAUCCAAAUAUGCUUCAUUGCGGAAGGAUGCACUACUGAAAUCUGUGUUUGGUGGUGCCAUUUGCCGAAUGUAUCGUUUCCCAACCACUGAUGGAAACCACUUGAGAAUCUUGGAGCAGAUGGCAGAGAGCAUCCUGUCACUGCACAUCCCUAGACAAUUUGUGAAGCUGCUUCUAGAAGAAGAUGCAGCAAGGGUUUGUGAACUAGAAGAACUGGGAGAGCUGUCUCCUUGUUGGGAAAGCCUUCGUCGACAAAUAGUUACACAGUACCAAACAAUUAUUUUAACUUACCAGGAAAAUCUAACUGACCUGCACCAGUAUAAAGGUCCUUCAUUUAAAGCCAGUAGCUUGAAAGCUGAUAAAAAAUUGGAAUUCGUUCCUACAAAUUUACAUAUACAGAGGAUGAGAGUCCAGGAUGAUGGAGGAUCAGAUCAGAACUACGACAUAGUCACCAUAGGAGCACCAGCAGCUCACUGUCAAGGCUUUAAAUCAGGUGGCUUGCGGAAAAAGCUGCAUAAAUUUGAAGAGGCAAAGAAACACAGUUAUGAGGAGUGUUGCACUUCAACAGGUUCCCAGUCUAUAAUAUACAUCCCACAGGACAUCGUUAGAGCAAAGGAAAUUAUUGCACAAAUCAACACCCUGAAAACGCAAGUCAGUUACUAUGCAGAAAGGCUCUCAAGAGCUGCCAAGGAUAGAUCAGCUAAUGGCCUUGAAAGAACACUUGCCAUCCUAGCAGAUAAGACCCGGCAACUUGUCACAGUUUGUGACUGCAAGUUGUUGGCAAAUUCAAUACAUGGACUGAAUGCUGCAAGGCCAGACUAUAUAGCUUCAAAAGCAUCUCCAACCUCUGGAGAAGGGGAACAAGUGAUGCUAAGAAAUGAUCAAGAUACACUUGUGGCCAGAUGGACGGGAAGAAACAGCCGAUCUUCUCUGCAGGUGGACUGGCAUGAAGAAGAAUGGGAGAAAGUUUGGUUGAAUGUCGACAAAAGCCUGGAGUGUAUCAUACAGCGAGUGGACAAACUUCUCCAGAAGGAGCGCCUGCAAAGUGACAGCUGUGAGGACGUUUUCCAGUGUGAUGCCAGCAGUACUAGUAAGAAAGGUAAUCGGGACAGUCGUGCCUACUGGAUAAAUCCAGAAGAUUUAAAUGAGACCUCAUCAUCCUCACCACCUUCAUCAUCCUCACCACCAUCUUCAUCCACACCAUCCUGUGCAUGCCAUUCUCUCAGGACAAAUUGCAGCCCUACUCCGGAAGAAUCUGCCCCAGGUGAAUGGAGUGAAGCUCUUUAUCCCUUGCUGACCACACUCACCGACUGUGUAGCCAUGAUGAGCGACAAGGCAAAGAAAGCCAUGGUGUUUUUAUUAAUGCAGGACAGUGCCCCAACAAUAGGGCUCUGCCUGAGCCUUCAGUAUCGCAGGGAUGUUGUCUUCUGCCAGACUCUGACAGCUCUCAUUUGUGGUUUCAUUAUCAAGCUGAGGAACUGCCUGCAUGAUGAUGGAUUUCUAAGACAACUCUACACCAUUGGCUUGCUGGCACAGUUUGAGAGCCUGCUGAGCACUUAUGGUGAGGAGCUGGCAAUGCUGGAGGACAUGAGUUUGGGAAUCAUGGACUUGAGGAAUGUAACCUUUAAAGUAACUCAGGCUACAUCAAAUACAUCUACUGAUAUGCUGCCAGUCAUCACUGGAAAUCGUGAUGGAUUUAACGUGAGGAUCCCUCUGCCAAGCGCCUUGUUUGAUUUGUUGCCGCGCGAGAUUCAAAGUGGAAUGUUACUGAGGGUUCAGCCUGUUCUUUUCAAUGUGGGAAUCAAUGAGCAGCAAACCCUAGCAGAGAAGUUUGGGGACACCUCACUGCAAGAAAUAAUUAACAUGGAAAGCUUAGUGCGGUUGAAUUCAUACUUUGAGCAGUUCAAGGAAGUUUUGCCUGAUGAUUGUCUACCUCGAUCUCGUAGUCAGACGUGCCUGCCUGAACUGUUAAGAUUUCUGGGUCAAAAUGUACAUGCAAGGAAAAACAAGAAUGUUGAUAUCCUUUGGCAAGCUGCUGAGAUAUGCCGCAGGCUUAAUGGUGUUCGAUUUACGAGCUGUAAAAGUGCCAAGGAUAGGACUGCCAUGUCAAUCACCCUGGAGCAGUGUUUGAUCCUACAGCAUGAACAUGGAAUGGCUCCACAGGUCUUCACUCAGGCUCUGGAGUGUAUGAGGAGUGAGGGUUGUCGCCGAGAAAAUACAAUGAAGAAUGUUGGAUGUCGCAAGUAUGCAUUUAAUUCCCUGCAACUGAAGGCUUUCCCAAAGUAUUACAGGCCUCCAGAAGGAACUUAUGGAAAAGUUGAAACAUAAACAUACUAUGUCCUUUAAUUGCUGUUCCAUUAAAACAUGUGGAUACACUCUAGAUUAACACAUGAUUUCAUCAUCCAGAAGAGAUAAAUAACCUUUUUGUACGUUUCGCUAGGUCAUACAGAGCAUGUUACUGAAUUGGAAUCUAUAGUAACAAUUAUUCUGACACCUUAGCUUGAGAAUAGUGUGAUGACUCUGCCCGUUUCAAUAGCCUUCAGUGUAUGUAAGAUGAGCAGAUAUUGUGCUACUUAAUAAUUACCUAUAUGCAAAUAGCUAGGUACCUCCUGGAUGGGCAAGGACUCUAGGAACGGCAUUCAGGCAGCUGUUUCCAUAACAUCUUUUUAUACUGAGUUGAUUUGAGAUUGAGCUUUUCCUAAACUUUUUAAAACUGAGAGUAAAACUUAAAAGUUGUAAAUAAAAAGGAUCUUAGACAGUUUAGUAACUGUAGAAUGCAUUGUUGCAAUCAAUAAAAGGGGGUUUAAUUUAAAAAAAAAAUCAGCACAAUAAGAGCCAGGAGAAAGAAUUGUUUUACUGUACAUAGGAUGCCACCUUCAUGUAUGAAAUUAACAACAUAUAAAAGGCCAGACAUAUGAGGUCUGGUUUAUAAUUCUAUUAAAAUAAAACAAAUUCCUAUCAUCUUUGGCAGAUAAGGCCUUGGGCACACAACUGAUUUUUAAAAGUAUUUCAGAAACAUCAUGCUUAACUAUUAAUGCCAGCAACAGUUCCCAAUGCCCUUCCCCACCCUAAGGCAAGUGCAGCAAGCAAAUUGCUGAUGUUGCACGUGACAUGUUCAGUAUAUUCCAUGGUGUUGUACAUUAAUUAACACAUUUUUACCCAUGGGUUUUUUUAUAUAACUCCUGGUUUGUAAGCAUUAGUAUCUCGGGGCGUUACAUUAUUUUGGUCAGUGUACGAUUUUUCUGUAUCAGUUUUGUGUGUCAUAACAAAAAUGGUCAAAGUGCCCAAUGCAUCUCCCUCACUUCAAAAUCAAAAUUGAUUUCUGUUUACCUUUGCAUUUCACCUGUUGAGAAUCCUGGUGGGGGGAAGUGUGACCAGUGUCAGGGUAUUUCUGAGGAAGGUAGCAAUGCCCUGUUUUGUUAGAGAGGUACUGCUCAGUGCUACUGCUUGUGCCUGAGAACCACAGGUGGGUUCUAGCUUAUGGCAAAGGUGGUCAGUUGGAUAGCAUUUGAUAAAAAAUAUUCAACAGAUCUCCUCUGAAACCAUCUCCCAAAGAAUGCCUUUGAAGCUAAGAUAGCGUUUGAACGUUCAUUUCCAAAUUUUAACAAGAUCAAGUAAUCUUUAGCUAGCUUCAUUCAGCACACUGUCCUUUCCUUCUUGGUUUCUGAGGAUCUAAGUUUCAGAUAUAGAAAAAAUCUGCCCAUUUAUUCUUGUGAGAGUAGCAACAGCCAGGUAAGUAUAUGGCUGUUUUCUGAUUUCUUUCUCCCUCUCACUGAUGUUUGUCUGUGCUGUCACUGCUCUAUCAAUCAGCCAUGUUCAUUCUGCUCCCAUGUAGGUUUGGGGGUUACAGGUCCAGCAGUUUUUGCAUUUUGCUUUUUGCAGUUUAACACUGAGCAGCAUGUCACUAAGCCAGGUCAGAGAGUUCUGCUGAACUAGGCUAUUACCUUUAUUUCAGACUCUUUAGGAUAACAAAACAUGGAAUUCUGUGCAAAAGCAAUGUAUUGUAGUACCUACACCAGGUCUGAACAAAUCAUCUACAGUAGAACAGUCCCUUGGAAAUGUUACAAACCCCAUUUGCCGAUUAAUAAAUGUUGAUUUUAUUUUAUUGUUUGCUAAUAAGUAAACAAAUAUACAAUGAAAAAUUUUUCAAUGGGAUCUCUUUAGACAUAUUACUCCAUUAGUUCUACUCAGCCUUCAGUCCCUGGCCCAUUAUUAAAUGCUACUUUAUUUUUGUAUAAACUAUGCUCUUUAUAUCCCUUAGUUCUUAUGAGUUGAUAAUUUUAUUUUGUCUAUUUCAAACAUGUUUAAUUUUAAGUCCUGUAUUGUUACACUAAAAAUCUCCCAGUGUUCAGCUUCAGAAGGAAAUAACAAAUGUCUCUUGCAACAAUUAGCAGUGCCACUCUCUUAGGUGGUGGCCAGCAAUCAUUAGACCUGCUGUAGAGCUUAGCAAUCCUUUAUUUAUUUUGUAUAGCGAUGUAAUCUGAAAAAGUUGCUGGAUUUUGUCUGUGCGCGGCGGAGCUGCAGCCGCGGCGCCACUGUGGCUGUGCCGGGGGCGCUGAGCGGAGCUGCCAGGCACGGUGUCCCCAAGGUGUCCCCAAGGUGUCCUGGACACGGCUCGGGCUCCUCCCGAGGGCAGCGAGGGCUCCAGCGGUUCCUCCAGAGAAAACUGUGACAUGUGACAUCCACAUGGGACCCUCACAAGGGGGAAGGGAGCUUUUCUGUUGCACAGGAGAGACGAAUCUAAGGAUUACUGUAAAAUGAAGUUCUGUCUAAUGUUCCUUUUUUUGAGUACAUUUUUUAAAUUAUAAAACAUACAAAGGUAAAAGAAGAAAACUGUUGCCGAGUAUGUUCUGUGUAUGUUCUGUGAAAGUACCUACAGCACAGUUGCCUUUUUUUCAUUUAUACGUGUAAAAUUAUUGUAUAAUAUGACACAGUUUUGUCCCAACACAACUGUAUUUGCCAAGCUUUGUGCAUUGAAAUAUUUUUAUUUAUUUGGUUUUGGGCAGUAUUAAUAUAUCAUAAACAUAUGGCUACUGUUUUAUAUAUUCUAGUUCAUCCAAUCCAUGUAUGCUGUAAAUGUGCUAGUCUUUAGGAUGAAAACCAAUAAAGAACUGACAAGAAUAACAA